AACUGCAUGCAGGGAGGUUUCCUGGGAAAACACAAGGAGAGCUCAUCCUCGUCCUCAUCCUCACCUCCCACCCGCUUGCGGUGCUCGCUGUUAAAGAAGCGCUAAGGCGAUCCAAGCGCACCAGGGACGUGAACGCAGCGCGGUGCUCGGUCGCAGCUCUGAGUAGAAUUAAAACGGGGCUAAAUACAUCCGUCGAGGACCGUCCUCUCGGCCACGAUGGGGAACCGGGACAUGGAGGAUCUGAUCCCCCUGGUGAACCGCAUGCAGGAUGCCUUCUCCGCCAUCGGCCAGAACGCCAACCUGGAUCUGCCUCAGAUCGCCGUAGUGGGUGGACAGAGUGCCGGGAAGAGCUCGGUGCUGGAGAACUUUGUGGGAAAGGAUUUCCUUCCACGUGGUUCUGGUAUCGUGACCCGUCGUCCUUUGGUUCUGCAGUUGAUGAACUGUCCCACAGAGUACGCCGAGUUCCUCCACUGUAAGGGAAAAAAGUUUACAGACUUUGAUGAGGUUCGUCAGGAGAUCGAGGCUGAGACUGACCGCAUGACGGGCGCCAACAAGGGCAUCUCGCCCGUUCCUAUCAACCUACGCGUGUACUCCCCUCAUGUGCUCAACUUGACGCUGGUGGAUCUGCCUGGCAUGACCAAAGUACCUGUGGGCGACCAGCCAGCUGACAUUGAGACUCAGAUUCGGGACAUGCUGCUGCAAUUUGUCACCAAAGACAACUCCCUGAUGCUUGCUGUUUCGCCAGCCAACUCGGAUCUGGCCAACUCGGACGCUUUAAAGAUUGCCAAAGAGGUCGACCCGCAGGGUAUGAGAACCAUCGGCGUGAUCACCAAACUGGACCUCAUGGACGAGGGGACGGAUGCCAAGGACAUCCUGGAGAAUAAGCUGCUUCCGCUCAGAAGAGGCUACGUUGGUGUGGUCAACCGGAGCCAAAAGGACAUUGAUGGAAAGAAAGACAUCACCGCUGCCCUGAGCGCCGAGAGGAAGUUCUUUCUCUCUCACCCUGCUUACAGGCACCUGGCCGACCGCAUGGGCACAGCGUACUUGCAGAAAAUCCUGAACCAGCAACUCACCAACCACAUCCGGGACACGCUGCCAGCUCUGCGCGCCAAGCUACAGAGCCAGCUACUUUCCAUCGAAAAGGAGGUGGAGGAGUACAAGAACUUCAGGCCUGACGAUCCGUCCCGCAAGACCAAAGCUCUGCUCCAGAUGGUGCAGCAGUUCUCUGUUGACUUCGAGAAGUGCAUCGAGGGCUCCGGGGACCAGAUCGACACGGCCGAGCUGUCCGGCGGUGCCAAGAUCAACCGCAUCUUCCACGAACGCUUCCCCUUUGAGCUGGUCAAGAUGGAGUUUGACGAGAAGGAGCUCCGCAAGGAGAUCAGCUACGCCAUCAAGAACAUCCAUGGCAUCAGAACUGGUCUCUUCACCCCGGACAUGGCCUUUGAGACCAUUGUGAAAAGGCAGAUUGGGAAGAUAAAAGAGCCUUGCACCAAAUGUGUGGAUAUGGUCAUGUCUGAGCUAGUCAAUACGGUUAGACAGUGUACCAAAAAGCUGGCCCAGUACCCAAUGCUGAGAGAAGAGAUGGAGAGAAUCGUUACUCAGCACAUCAGAGACAGAGAGAGCCGCACUAAAAGCCAGGUGCUCCUGCUGAUCGACAUCGAGUUGUCCUACAUGAACACCAACCAUGAGGACUUCAUUGGCUUCGCCAAUGCCCAACAGAGGAUCAACCAGGUGAACAAGAAGAAGGCAGCUGGAAAUCAGGAUGAGAUCAUGCCGGAGAGAGGAAUUAACGAUCGGUUCAAGGUGAUCCGAAAGGGAUGGUUGACUAUCAACAACAUUGGAAUCAUGAAAGGCGGAGCCAAGGAGUACUGGUUUGUCCUCACCGCCGAGUCUCUGUCCUGGUACAAGGAUGACGAGGAGAAGGAGAAGAAAUACAUGCUGCAGGUGGACAACUUGAGGCUGCGAGAUGUCGAGAAAGGCUUCAUGUCCAGCAAGCACAUUUUCGCCCUUUUCAACACUGAGCAAAGAAAUGUUUACAAGGACUACCGUCAGCUGGAGUUGGCCUGCGAGAGUCAGGAGGACAUCGAUGCAUGGAAGGCCUCGUUCCUGCGAGCCGGCGUGUACCCUGAACGCGUCACGGACAAGGAAGGAAAGAGCGACACGGGUGACGAAAACGGCUCUGACGGUUUCAUGAACAGCAUGGACCCCCAGCUGGAGCGUCAAGUGGAGACCAUCCGCAACCUGGUCGACUCCUACAUGGCCAUCGUCAGCAAAACAGUCCGCGACCUGAUGCCCAAGACCAUCAUGCACCUCAUGAUUAAUAACUGUAAAGACUUCAUAAAUGCCGAGCUGCUGGCCCAGUUGUACUCGUGCGCCGACCAGAACACGCUGAUGGAAGAAUCUCAGGAGCAGGCGCAGCACCGCGACGAAAUGCUGCGGAUGUACCACGCCCUGCGAGAGGCGCUCCACAUCAUCGGCGACAUCAGCACGACCACUGUCUCUACGGCCAUGCCGCCGCCUGUGGACGACUCGUGGCUGCAGGUCCAGCGUGGCGGAUCUGGAGGAAGGUCUCCCGCCACCAGUCCGACUCCGAACCGCAGGGCGCCCCCGGGCCCCCCAGCUCGCCCUGGUUCUCGCGGGCCUCCUCCUGCCGGGGGACCCCCCGUACCGUCCCGGCCCGGGGCUUCUCCAGACCCUUACAGCGGGCUGCCGCCCACUGUGCCCUCUCGCCCCAACCGCGCACCCCCAAGUGUGCCCAGAAUGCUGCAUGGGAACACACACACACACACACAACUGAAACAGCGUGUGUUGCGUGAAUUUUCAGCAUUAACUCCCGAAAGAACUCAACUUAAUUGUUAGCCUCCUUUUUGCUGGUGUUAUGAUGUGUGUGAGAUGUACCAUUACACCCCAUCCGCCCUCUUUAGCAACCAUUUUAGAGAUGUCAACAACAACAAAAAAGAACUCCCUUAAAUAAUGCUGAUUUGUAAGGUGGUUAACCAAUAUUAGCUCCCGAGGCUAGUAGUGGUAGACUAAAAUUCUUUGCAAAUUGUUGAAUAAAAUGUCCAGUCUCUGGACCCCAGUUUUGGUGAAGCAUUACAAAUAUCUCGUGAUGAAUGAUGGAAAUCAUAAUUAUAGAAGAUAACAAUUUUUGUUGCUUAGCUUAGUUUAGUGUGGUGGCCAGGGCUAACCAACAAAUUAAAAAGAUUACUUUUUUUUUUUUUUCAUCUGAAUAAGAAUCAAAUGUCAUGUUGUGAGGUCUUACAAGAAGUCACAUACUAAACUUGGCCACGUUUUAGCUCAUUAAAGGCAUUUUAAGCUAAGUUAAGCUAAACUUAGCAAACCUUUCUAGCCAAACUAACAGCAUUUACUUGCUGGCUUGUAGAAAAAAUUUGAUUUAUACAGUGAUGUAUGUAUGUAUAUUUAUAGAUUGUAAAAGUUGGCCAGCGGUUUCCUUUAUUUGUAGCCUUAUAAGCUAAGCUUAACUUAAUGUUACCAAUUAGCUAUGGGCUACUGCCAGCAUCUACUGUAAAUGCUAGUUUGUAGUAAACAUUGUAGAAGUAUCAAGUAUAGGUACAGUAUACAGUACAAGAUGUAAAUUUUACCCAGUGGUUUCCUACAGUAAGGAACCUUCAAGCUAAUCUAUGCUAUGCUAACUAUCUUAAGUAUCAGCAUUUAUGUGCUAGUUUUUACAGUAGGAUGUUGGAAUCAUAGUGUUACAAGGUAAUACAGUAUGAUUUCAUACUGUACAUGUUAUAUUUUGGCCAGUGGUUUCCUUAGACCUCAAGCUAAAAUAAGCUAAGCUAUGCUAAUGAGCUGCUGCCAUGAACAGCUAACGCUUGGAGUGAGGGUUACCAAUGAUGGUUGUUGCGUUAUGUUCUUGAAUGAAAACCCACAGUUCCUCCCUGAGAUGUUGUCUUUCGAGCCUUUGAUAUUUCAACCCAUGGUGGCGCUCUAACCACUCCAAACAAGCCAACGUUAACCCCCGUGUGUGUGUGUGUGUGUGUGUCCCGCCCCCACCCUCUUUGUGUGUCCCCCGACAGUCGGAGACCCCCACCUUCUCCGACCCACUAGACCUCCAUGCUCCUCCUCCUUCUUCCCCUUCUUCGGUCCCUCCUCUUCGGGCCGACGGCGCCAUCUUCCUGUCUUCUGCGGCGGUGGCUCCAUCCUCCUGCUCGUACCGCCAACCCUCAAAUUACACUACCUGUUAACCAGACAGAUGCACAACAGCUAGACAUACCUGUUGCAUGGCCCCCUAAAACACACAGACCCCCUUAAAUUCAACUGUGAAUAUAUUAAAAACUGUGUAUGACCCAAGAUGCAUUUUUCAUAUUGUCAUACAUGCGUAAAGAUAAGUUAACCGCUGUAUCGUAAAACUAAAAUAAAGCAAAACUACUCACCUGACAUAGAUAGCUUAAUACCAGAUACAGAUGAAUACCAGAUGCAUGACCUAUUAAAACGCAGACUCUAUUAAAAUGAACUGUGACUAUAUUAUGUGUAUGACUCGGGUGGCAUUUUUAAGCAAACCAGUUGUCGUACACGCGAGAUGUUAACCACUGCGUCAUGACACUAAAAUAAAGCAAAACUACUCAUCCAGCAGAUGAAGGGAAAUUUCAAAUGGAAAGGGGACGGGACAGGAAGGCGUUUUGCAGGAGCGAUGCUGUCACGUUUUACUGGUAUAGCAGCAGAAUAAAAAUAUUUUGCUUCAUUGCUAUGCUGCUAUUUAUAUCACAUUUACAUUUUGUACUAAAAAAAAAAAAAAAAAAAAAAAGCUAAUUUUCAGCACAGUUAGCUUCUUCUGUCACUUUUACUAUAUGCUCGCCAUAUCCAUUCUGCAGCUACAUGCUAAUUACGUUAGCAUCCACUUUGUACAAAGUUCAUUUGUCUAUAUAAGAGCUAAAUUUGAUUUAAUUGUUUGUAUAGCAGGCAGAGAAGAGAGAGAAAACAUUCAUUUUCAGCACAGUUAACUUCUUCUGUCACUUUUAUGCUAGCCAUAUCCAUUCUGUGGCUACAUGCUAAUUGCAUUAGCAUCUGCUUGAUACAAAGUUCAUUUGUGUAUAAAAGUUUUAAAUUGGAUUAAAUUAAUUUAGAGCCCUUCCCGUAGUCCCUCUGAGCACCAUUUCUGGUUCUAUGGUUAUCAUCACACUUUUUCUCUGGGCCAUCACUGGUAACAAAACAAAAACACACACAGGCACACACACACAAGCCAAAGAAAAAGCAAAACAUGCGACGUUGGCUUGAUUGAGUCGAUGACCUUUAGUGUGACAUCAUCCUUGCUCUUACCGUAUAUGGUCGUCUCAUGCACUCUUUCUUUCUGAACAGCAGGCUGAAAAGGGGCCUAGGAGACAUCACACCCUUUUUUUUCAUCACUUCAUCCAUCAUCCAUCACUCACUCACUCUGCAUAUCUCACACAGAAGCUAUGCAAUGCAGGAACGCUCCUUCCCUCCCUCUCACUUUAUAGCACUAUUUUUGAUCCUCGGACGAAAGAAACUGUUACCUUAUCAAAGCGGGAUGUGAAUAAAAAGUGCAAUAUUGUAGCAUGUUUCUGUGCUUUCUGUGCCCCCCCCCCCCCCCCCCUCCAUUUAGAUUCCCUCCUUAACUGAUUUAUCUAUUUUAAUUUUUAGAUUUAAAAUUGAUGAUCUGCUCCAUCUUCUUCUGCUUUUUUUCGUUGUCAGUGGUCACGGGGGUGAGUGAGAGGAAUGCAUUCAAUGUACACGAUUCUCCUUCUGUUUGCUUUGCUCUCAAUUGUGCUGUGUUGUAUAUUUGGAGCCCUUCAAACCGGUGAUGUCGUCAAUCAAUCAAUAAAUAUAAAAUACACCCCGCUCACCCCGAGCAACCCCUGUGCAUCUCCACACCUGCAAAAACUUGCACCAUUACUUGUGAUUUACAGAUAGUUUGUGACGGGACAUAUCUUUACUGUUAUUCUGUAUAUAUGUGUUGUGCCCCUUACUUUUAUUUUUUUUAAAAAGCAGGGUCCCCACCCCCAAAUAUUUGUGACCCGGUUGCCAUUUUGGACUGGGACCCUCAGUUUGGGCAACCCUGCUUUCAUAAGCCGUGCAAUGUAUGAAGUUUGUGUAUUUAACUUAAAGACAUACUGUAUUGCAGUGAUAUAUGUAUAUGGAUUUCAGCGGAAUGUUUGAUACUGUGGUGUAGCAGAGAGAUUUUGUUUGAACCUCCCCCCCCCCUCCCCCCCCAACCAUGACUGCACCCUGCAGGACUGCUAUGACAUUGAUCACGUGCAGAAAUAAACUGCAGUGUACUGACAAGAGAUUCGUGUUCAUGUGUUGUUAAAAUGUUCUUCAAUAAAUACAAUAUACACCAA